AUGUUUAAAAUACACUGUAUAUAUUUAUUUAUUCAUUUUUAUUUUUUAGUCUACAUAAAAUGUGUUUUUUCUUAUUCUUAUGAUAAGGCUAAUUUGGAUAACUGUUCUAGUAUAUUUUGUUCAUAUGAUAAAUUAUCAAAUAUAUAUAAAAAUUCUAAAUUUAUAUUAACUGAAUUAGAAAAUUUACUAUAUGAUGUAAGAGAUGAAAAAACUUCACAUCAAUUAG